CGCCACUAACCAGUUCAGAGAUCUAAAGGAUUCUCCUUUUAAUGCAAUGAAAAACAGUCUUAGAAAGCCUGUUACUAUUUCAUCAAAAUCUGAACUUUGAAUCUACCUUAGUUUAAACGUAGUUUCGUGAGCGUCGCAAACAGAUUGUUGACGGUGGUUACUUUCGUUUCUGUUCAGGCUUAGUAUGUGUGCACUAAAUGCGAAUCCAAGUAAUGAUCCUAUAUCAGGGGAAAGAGUCAAAUUCCAUCGUUUGAUUGUUGACGAACCGAUAAAAGAUGAUAACUCGGUAGUUUAUUUAUCUCAAGCCAAGAUGGAUGCAAUGAAUCUGUUUCGUGGGGACACUGUUUUGGUCAAGGGUAAGAAACGUAAAGAAACGGUGUGUGUAGCCAUUGUGGACGAGAGUUGCCCAGACGACAAGAUUCGUUUAAAUCGUUGUAUUCGCAGUAAUCUACGAGUAAAGCCAGGAGAUAUUGUCAGUUUAAAGAGUCUUCCUGACAUCCUCUACGGGAAACGCAUUCACGUGCUGCCUAUUGACGAUACUAUUUUUGGUCUUACAGGAAAUUUAUAUGAAGCUUUUCUAAAACCAUACUUUUUGGCUGCCUACCGACCUGUACAUAAAGGCGACAUAUUUGUCGUACGUGGUGGGAUGCGAGCUGUUGAGUUCAAAGUAAUUGAAACAGACCCGUCACCUUAUUGCAUUGUUUCUCCCGACACUACUAUUCACACAGAAGGAGAUCCAGUUAAACGAGAGGAUGAGGAAGAAAAGCUGAAUGAAAUAGGUUAUGACGACAUAGGAGGUUGUCGUAAGCAGCUGGCUCAAAUAAAAGAAAUGGUUGAGUUACCUCUUCGUCACCCUCAGCUGUUCAAAGCCAUAGGUGUGAAACCUCCUCGCGGAAUACUCCUUUAUGGACCCCCUGGUACUGGAAAAACCUUAGUUGCUCGGGCAGUAGCCAAUGAAAGUGGAAGCUUUUUCUUUUUAAUCAAUGGGCCGGAGAUAAUGUCAAAAUUGGCCGGCGAGUCAGAAUCUAACCUACGCAAAGCGUUCGAAGAGGCAGAAAAAAAUGCACCAGCCAUUAUUUUUAUUGAUGAACUUGAUGCGAUCGCCCCUAAGAGGGAAAAAACCCACGGUGAAGUAGAACGCCGCAUCGUUUCUCAAUUAUUGACAUUAAUGGAUGGUCUAAAACAACGGAGUCACGUAAUUGUCAUGGCUGCUACGAAUCGUCCUAAUAGUGUUGACCCCGCAUUGAGACGCUUUGGUCGUUUUGAUCGCGAAAUAGAGAUAGGUAUUCCUGAUAGUAUUGGGAGACUGGAUAUUUUGCGGAUACACACCAGGAACAUCCGGCUGGCUGAAGAUGUUGAACUUGAGCAAAUAGCCAAUGAAGCUCACGGUCACGUAGGAGCUGAUCUAGCUUCGUUGUGCUCAGAAGCUGCCCUCCAACACAUAAGAAAUAAGAUGAAUCUUAUUGACUUAGAAGACGACACAAUUGACGCUGAAGUAUUGAACUCGUUGGCCGUAACGAUGGAUGACUUUCGUUGGGCUUUAGGAAAGAGUAAUCCGUCCGCUCUUCGAGAGACCACAGUUGAGGUACCAAAUGUCACCUGGGAUGAUAUUGGUGGGUUAGAAAAUGUGAAACGAGAGCUCCAGGAACUGGUUCAGUAUCCCGUUGAACAUCCUGAUAAAUUCCUGAAAUUCGGUAUGACUCCUAGCAAAGGUGUCCUGUUUUAUGGUCCGCCAGGUUGCGGUAAGACGUUGUUGGCGAAGGCGAUUGCGAACGAAUGUAAAGCCAAUUUUAUCAGCAUCAAAGGACCCGAACUCCUUACUAUGUGGUUUGGUGAAUCUGAAGCAAACGUUCGGGACAUUUUUGAUAAAGCUCGACAAGCGGCACCGUGUGUGCUUUUCUUUGAUGAACUGGACUCGAUUGCCAAAGCUCGUGGAGGUAGCGUUGGUGAUGCUGGAGGUGCUGCUGAUCGUGUUAUCAACCAACUUCUAACCGAAAUGGAUGGUAUGUCUGCUAAAAAGAACGUUUUUAUCAUUGGUGCCACUAAUCGCCCAGAUAUUAUUGAUGGGGCCAUCUUGCGUCCUGGAAGACUCGACCAACUAAUUUACAUUCCACUGCCAGAUGAAGCCUCAAGAGCUAAUAUUCUAAAAGCUAAUUUAAGAAAAUCCCCAAUUGCAAAGGAUGUUGACAUUAAUUUCUUAGCAAAAGCUACUCAGGGAUUUUCGGGUGCUGACCUCACAGAAAUAUGUCAGCGUGCCUGUAAACAAGCAAUACGUGAGUCUAUCGAGGCGGAAAUACGUGCUGAAUCUGAAAAGAAAAACAAGCCCAAUGCUAUGGAAGAUGAUUUUGAUCCAGUGCCAGAAAUAACUCGUCGUCACUUUGAAGAAGCAAUGCGCUUUGCAAGACGCUCAGUGACUGAAAAUGAUGUACGGAAAUAUGAAAUGUUCGCCCAAACAUUGCAACAGUCAAGAGGAAUAGGUAGUAAUUUCAGAUUCCCUGGAUCAGAUGGACCUGGAAUACCUACAGGUCACGGUACUCAGGGAGGAGGAGGAUCAGCCUAUGGAUCUCAAAAUGACGCAGAAGAUUUGUACAACUAAACGAUUGUCACAACAUUUUACUUUUCAGUUUAUUGAAAACUUUAGGCUCAAGCUAUCCUGUGUCAUCAAUUUUCACCUACUUAUGCUUCUGGUUUGAAUUCUAAUUAUCAGUUAUGUGACGUCUGACUGAUUAAUUUCUUCUAUCCCCAAACUGUUCCCUUUGUAAUUCAGACAGAAUUUGUACCUGGCAUAUUUCCAUACAUUUAUUUCAUGUUAUUACUUCUCAUUCUACUUAGUUAUGUCUACAAUACGCAAUAUUUCCUUUUACUCUUCGAACAUUCGAGAUGGGGCUUUUACACAUUCAUGUCUCAAGUAGUUACAAGUGACAUGUCUUUUGAAUAAGUAUUUUGUAGUAGGGUCGAUCCAAGUGGUAUUUUGGGUUCCAAUUCUAUAAACUGUAGAUCAAAUUUUAACAUUGCACUAAAAGAUAAAUCUAGGCUCUUUUUUAUAAGUAAAUAAUUACAAUAAAGAACAGGAAAAUUUGAAGUCGAUAUUACCUGUGUUUCACUUCAAAAUGGCUAUUAAGAUUUAAAAGAAGAAAAAUUGAAUAUAUCGACUCUAACUUUAUAAUGAUCCUGGAAAGUAGUAGAUAACUUCCAUUUUAGGGUGUGUAUUACUAAUGUGAUUUCAGACGACCUUCAUUCUUACACUUAGUAACGUUACGAGCCUAUAAAUCUCAUGAACUCAAGUCUUAUCCAACAAACUGUUGCAUGAACUUUAAUCAUAUGUCGAUUCCUGAGCUGCUAAAUUCUAACUACCGAUCACUAAUUAAUAAGAUGAACUAUCUUCAACUCCUGAUGAUGUGGGUACAUAUGUGACUCGUAAACGUGCUCGGAUCACUGUAUAAGUCCUGUUUUACCUAAAGUAUAUGGGAAGAGUGCACUCUUAAAUGGGAUCAAGAAAUAUAGAAGAAAAUAUUCAAAAUCUGAAAAUCAUCGUACGACUAACUAGGAAUUAUUUACAGAUGGCUCACUGGAAAACAUUACUGAUGUUAUCACUUGUCGCACUAAAGCAAUUUUAUUAGAGUUUAUAUUGACUUACAUCUCCACAACUAGAAGGACUACAGAGGGUAAAAGAAAGAAUAUACAAGGAGAAAAACCGAAAAUGUAGAGAAUGUGGCAAUAAGAAUGUGAGAUUUAGACCCAUAGCAGUAACUUUACCUUCCCUCAAAAUGGAAAGAUUGUUGUUACUCCCGCUUCAACCUGCAUUAAAAGAGCACAUUGAUCCGUAUUAGUUUGCUUACAAAUGCUAAAGAAGCACUUAUAUGUUGUUGUUCUGCAUCACAAUAGUGUUCAUCUCGGAAAUGUCUAGGAAGGACGUUCGAUGCGCUUUUCUGAAUUUUACUCCUGCUUUUGAUUCUAUCUCAAGGCGCUAGUACUGACGGCUGGAUAACCAACUAGCUAUGUACCUACCUCUGGAAUAGCAGUACACUGCACUUGGAGUAAAGUGCUCAGUGUCUCUACUGUCUCAUGAAGGUGUGCCACAAGGGGCUGUUCUUUCAUCUCUUCUGCGUGAUCUGCCAUCUUCCACAGAAAACACUGAAUUAUGCGGAUGAGUUCACUGUAUGUAUGCCGAUUUCUGCCUCUUUACAUUCCAAAGAAAUGAACGAGUUUUUGUCUCGUAUUGAGUGGUGGUAUGUUGUUAAUGGUCUCAUACUUAGUCCGUCUAUUUUUUUCUGUAUUUUGUAAAGAAACUUGCUGAAAUACCUCGUGCUGAGAGUUAUAUAUUGUACCAAAAUAUAAUAUUGAAUAAAGCCAUUAAUAAUAAUAUUUACUUACAUAUUACAAUCUCCCUUCAGUUUAUGUCUCCGUGCUUGCUUGGGAAUGCCGUUCACGUAAUAUUUUACGGCCAGAAUAGUUGAGAAGUAAUUCAUAUUAGCAUGUUUCCGGAUCUUGAUGUACUAAGAAUUUGUCUUCUUCACUACACACAAACCUGACUAUUUCCAGGUGUGCAUUCUGACAAGAAAUCUGGUCAUUUAAAAAGUAUUUCACGCGUAACCAGCAACUUUGAUGUUUUUGAUAAUCGUGAUAAUCAAAAUGUCUUCUCUCUCAAUUUAUAUAUUACCGGGGUACCUGAUACUUUUUCUCAUCAUAAGGAUAUAAUAAUCUUAUCAUACUAUCGUUAGAUUAUCUGAGUAAAUAUUUGGUGGUUUCUGAAAUGUGGCUGGAUAUUAUCCAUAUAAACAUAUCCGCAAAAGUGAUUCGCUCACUUGUAGAACUAUCCCUAGUAUCAACAAGGUAGUAUGUUGCAUCACAAUUGCCACAUCCUACCUGUAAGUCAGAUGAUAGUACAACAUCAACUGAAAAGUAACCUAAACCACAGUUCGGUUAUCGACUAAGUCUGUAUACCGUUGAGACUCUAUGUACACGUCAUCAAUGUUCAAAAAUACUUGAUGUAAGCAAACUACAUAAACAUAGUUUAUUGAGACCAGAUGUCUCCAGAUUCUAUGAAUACUGUCUAAUUUAAUGUACACAAGACAUGACUGAAGAUUGUUUGUAAGGACUUACUUUCUCCUCAGGAAUUGAUUAACAAAUGACUUCGGCCAUAGUCAGAUAUAUGUUUAGUAGUAUUGUGAAGCUAUAAUAAUAGAUAUGACCACAUAUUUUCAGCAUAGGUUUGUGAAAGUCGUUGAGUUUUAAUUGAGAUCAUGAACCGAUUAAUGUUAUACCACCAGUGCAAACCUGGGAGCACUGGUCGGCCGUUUCGUCCCGAUGUGGGACCCCUCAACAAUGCGCAUCAACGAUCCUACAAGUGGGGUUCGAACCCGGGACCUUCGGUCUCGCGGGUGAACAGUUAGUCUCUAGACCAUUGAUCCGGCAUCCAACAGUGAUAGAGUCUAACUUAAACCAAUCCAUGAUAAUGUGCGACCACUUUUCUGCUCUAACAUUGAUUGGUGCAUAAUCUCAAGUAAAACUCAACAAUCUCCACAAACCCAUACUGAUUGUUAUCAUGUGCUCACUCGUGACUAGCUUCGAGAGGUAAUUCUCGGAGUUUUAGUGAGAAGCCGUGACCAAUGGGUGUGAACGUGUCGGGUGUGAGGCAGUUACCCACCGACAAUGGACAAUGGUCAAUGGUCGCGCAAUAUCGUAGACUGGUUGAAGUUAGACGUUAACACUGUUGGAUGUCGGCUCAGUGGUCUAUAGGUUAAUUGUUUACUUGCGA